AUGGAGUCACCUGCUCGACCAGCACUCUUUGACUUCCACGGAGUGUGGAUGACCUGCCGCUACACGGGCAACUGGGAUGCCCUGCAAACCUUCCAGGCCAGACCAGACGACAUCCUGAUAGCUACGUAUCCCAAAGCAGGAACUACAUGGGUCUCCUACAUUCUUGAUUUGCUGUACUUCGGCCACUUGUCUCCAGAGCGUCAGAAGACCGUCCCCAUCACUGAGAGAGUUCCUUUCCUGGAGGUCACCAACCCUGGUCUUCCUAUAGGAACGGAGCUGGCAGAGAAGCUCCUCACCACUCCCCGUCUCAUCAAGACUCAUUUACCGGUCCAGUUUGUUCCAAAGUCCUUCUGGGAGCACAACUGCAGGAUGAUCUACGUUGCGCGCAAUGCCAAGGACAACAUGGUGUCUUAUUUCCACUUUGCUCGUAUGACUGACUUACUGCCGGAGCCCGGAGACUGGACCUGCUACUUUCAAUCCUUCUUGGCAGGAAAAGUGCCGUUUGGAUCAUGGUUCGAUCACGUGAACGGCUGGUGGAGGAAGAGACGGACUUAUCCAAAACUCCAUUUCAUGUUCUACGAAGACCUUUCCGAGGACACCGGACGGGAAAUAGACAAACUCUGCUCCUUUCUGGGCUUGUCCCCUUCGGCCGAGGAGAAGACUGAAGUCAUGAGCGGAGUGAAGUUCGACAGCAUGAGAAACAACGCCAUGACCAACUAUUCCACGUACCCCCUCAUGAAAUUUGACGUCUCUCCGUUCAUGAGAAAAGGACAGGUGGGUGACUGGAAAAGCCACUUCACCGUGGCUCAGGAUGAAGAGUUCGAUGAAGACUACAAGAAAAAGAUCGAUCCCACUCUUCACCUCCGCACUGAGAUCUGA